AUGAAAUCCCAACGGUCGCCAUCUCUUGCAAAAUUGGCAAUUGCUGCCAUCACAACGCUGACAAUUCUCCUUUUCCUUCUUUAUUUCCACCCCGCCAGAACGGCCGCUCUGCCACAUCGUGCCGCACCAACUCAAUCUUCUGAGAUCGAGCUAGGAGAGAUCUCAACGGCAAUCAAAUCAAUACCCGAAAAAAUCUGGUACAAAGUUGGGCCCAAAGGCCUGAGCAGCCAGUCACAAGAAUGGAUGGAUGACUGUCUCCACAAAAACCCUGAAUAUCGCUCGGAGAUCAUGACGGAUCACUCCGGCGAUCUUUAUGUAAAGGAGAAGUUUCCCCAUCGACCGGAUAUCGUCGAAACAUAUCUCGCACUCUCGGUACCCAUCCUCAAAGCAGAUCUACUCCGCUAUCUCCUGCUAUUUGCGGAAGGAGGCAUCUGGUACGACUUGGAUGUUUCCUGUGGUGAUGUGCCAAUCCGCCAAUGGAUCCCAGAAGAAUUCAAAGCGAACACCAACCUUGUUGUGGGGCUGGAAUUCGACGAAGGCUGGGGUGAGAAUAUCGUGCGCCAGUUCAAUAGCUGGACGAUCAUGGCCGCCCCUCACUCACCGCAUAUAAUGAUGGUCAUUGAAGAUAUCUUGGAUGCAAUUCGUCAGAAGUCGGAGGGGAAUGGGAUCGCAGUGACUGAAUUGUCCCUCGAUAUGGUUGGUGAUGUGGUGGACUUCACAGGCCCAAGGCGUUUGACCCGUGGAAUACUCAAGAGCUUGUCACUGGUGCUUGAUGAGACCGUUGGAAUGAAUAAUGUCUCCCACCUUUUGGACCCAGUCUUGAUCAGUGAUGUUUUGGUCCUGCCUGGGUAUUCGUUUGCCGCGUCUGCCAACAGAUAUGUGAACCAAACAGGACCUGCAUUGGUAACGCAUCACUAUGCCGGCAGUUGGAAGAAUGACAACGGCGGGGAGACCCAUUGA